AUGGAAGAUGAAUUUGGCAGUAUUAUUAAAAAAUCUAUGGAAUGUAAAAAAGAUAGACAAAUAAGGGCCCUCAUGCUUUCGGCGGGGGGGGGGGGCAAAGCUGGCUUUGUGUCAGCUGAGCUACUGAGGAAGGGGCAGAUUGAGGUCAGGAAUCAGCAAAGCAGCAGCAAACAUUUGGAAGCUGAAUCGUGGCAUGCUGAAAUGGUUUUCCGGGACAAGUCGGGCCGCAAGAGGGACCUGAAGCAGGAAUUGCUGGAACAGCACAAGAAAGCAGAGGAGAAAUCCAAGCGAGAUGAGCAGUAUGCCAAAUGGGGAAAGCGCCUCACACAGAGCCAGCAGCAGCAGCAGAAUGUGGAAGAUGCAGCGAAAGAAAUCAUUGACGACCAGGACUUGGACAAGAUGCUGCGAGAGCAGGAGCACAUGGCCGAUUUCCUUAAGAAGAAGAAGAAGGCCAAGGAGAAGAAAGAUACAAAAAACCCCCCAAGAUGUAGUGGACCAGCACCCCCACUUAAUAGGUUCAACAUCUGGCCUGGGUAUCGCUGGGAUGGAGUGGACAGGUCCAACGGCUUUGAGCAGAAGCGCUUUGCUAGGAUCUCAAGUAAGAAGGCAGUUCAGGAGCUGGCAUACAAGUGGAGUGUUGAGGACAUGUGAUUUUCCAUCCUGAGAUGCGAUGGAACCUUCUCACAGUGCUGGAGAUGGAAGGCUCUCCUCUGCAACAGGGUUAAAGGGGUCCACCUAUCAAGACUGUUCCAGGGGUUUUUGGAAGGGCUUGGAGGCAGCUUGCCGCAUCCAGGCAGAAGGCGAGGCUGAUGGAAUUCCUGCAGUAUAUAUAGACUGGACAAGGAGGAGGGAGAGAGAGCCACCUAUGGUGCAGAAGCCCCAAGUCCUUUUCGGAUGGAAACCUCAGGAAAUCCACUGCUGGAAGGAAGAAACUGGUCUCUUCCAUAUGAACCUCAUGGAGCAGUUGAGGAUGCUGAAGCUGAUCAUAAGCUGUAUGUGAAAUCUCAGGUGCUUUUACUGGGUAAGGGGCAGCGAGAGACAAGGUUAAGGAGAAGUCCCUUCAUUGAAGAAUGUUCCUUCUGCUCCUUGGAAGGGCUUGUCUCUUUUCUUGUAGCUGCUGGCCAUGGUUGAAACCACUGGCUGGUUUGUGGCUCUGAACAUCCUGGUGUAAAUAAGCACAGCAUCUUGGGUUUUCUGUCUUGCACGCACUUCUGGACCGUGCAGCUUUUGCCUGGGCAGGGAGAAUGCUUUCCCAUAGCCUUUUCCUAAAAGGACCAGCUGGAAAUCCACACUGCAGUAUUUGAGAAUAAACUUGCCUCCAACAGCAGCUCAAGGAGCUACCGGUAGUUGGGAAAUCAACCUGCAAGUUCUGAAACCGUUUUGCAUUUCCCCUGAAGCAUCUGCUGGUGUCACUGAAGGAGUCUCUUCUGUUCCUGCAAAACAUAGGGAAAAUAAAUGCAAAGACUUUUUCAUAGGAGAUGGGAUUCUUUGUAGCUAAAAUUUCUACUACCCUUUGUAUUUUUGAUGUGCAGUUUGUAAAUAACAACUUCCUUUUCCUUUUGUAACGUUCUGUUGCCACCAUGUUUGUACCAGGGAGGAAGAAAUAUUUGGUCUUGAAAAAAAGAAAUGUGAUAUA